CUCCAUGAAUCAUUAAUCAUCAAUCAUCAUUUCGGAAUUACCUUUCCAUUUUUGCGAUUCUUCCGAAUCGGAAACGCAAAAUUGAGCUACGAAAAACCCAAACUUUGAAUGAGUUUUGAAUUCAUUAACGUGUAUGUACGACAUCUUCUUCUCCUCUCACAAACCCUAAUCUCAACGCACGCUUUCAGAAACAGCCCUGUUGUUCUUGUUGUAUUCGAUGUGGUGGUGAUUCGAUUUUAAAGGCAUUGGAGCUGCUAAUUGAGGGUUGGUGUUGAUCUGAUCUAAUAUUUGUGAGCUUAAAAAUUCAUUUGGAUUUAAUUUCAGGCUGCGUAAGCGUUUCGUGAAGCAAACCCACCAAAUCUGAGCUUAGUUUGAAGCUAAAAAUCCAAGCUUUGAUGAAUCUCCUCAGUUAGGGAAGUAUAAGGGACGAUGAGGAUUCAGUAACUGGCAAAGGUUUAUGAUAUGUAGGAGAGAAUCUUGGUUACAUUUGAAAUGAGUCGGUCUCCAUCUUUCUCUGUGAAGCCUGAGCUUAGUUUAAAGCCUGAUCCUGAGUCUUUGAAACGAUGGAUUCAUGCAUUUUGCAUUAUGAGGUUUGAUCUUGAGCAAGGGCAGCUUUUGGAAGAGUGUUAUCCACCUGGUUGUCUCUCACAAGAAGAAGAAAUUGAGGUUUCGUUCAAUUCCUUUCCUGAUUCUGUCUCACAGCAUCAUAACCGCUCAAGCAUACAUGACUGCAUUUUCUUUUUCCGGUUUCGUAGACCGAAGAAGAACGCUGAGGAGAGAGAUGGUAGUGAUAAGUACUUGUAUGGUUAUGUGUUUAAUAGGCAGAGGCAUGAUGAAAGGUUGAAAAGGGGAGGUGAACAGAAGUCUGUGGUGAUAUUAUCGCAUACGCCUUACUCUAGUGUUUUUAGGCCUUUGCUUCAGAUCAUUGGCCCUUUGUAUUUUGAUGUUGGAAAUAAGGCUAUUCAACAUAUUGCUGGUUAUGUCUCUAUGUGGCCUGCUCCUGUACCCGGUAAGCUAAUGGAGUUGCCAAUUGGUAAUGCAAUGCUUAAGGUGAACUUGCCGCCUGCUCAUAGCCUUCCCUUGGAAAAUGGUGUUUUGUAUGAGGAAUCUUCUUCUUCUAUGGCUCCUUUGCUGCCUACAAAUCAGUCUGUUCCUCAAGGUCUUUUCCAUGAUGCAGAUCUUUUUGGCAUUUACCGGGGGCUAUUGUUGCAGCUAUGGACAUUAUGGGAAUUGUUACUUAUAGGCGAGCCCAUCCUUAUCAUUGCACCAACGCCUCCGCAAUGUUCUGAGGCAGUUGCUUGUCUUGUGAGUAUGGUUGCCCCACUAUUUUGUAGCGUCGACUUUAGACCAUAUUUCACUAUACAUGAUCCAGGAUUUGCUCGACUAAACUCACUCCGAGAAGGAGACACUUUCCCGCCAAUGGUUUUGGGUGUCACCAAUCUCUUUUUCCUUAAAGCUCUUCGCAAUAUCCCUCAUGUUGUCUCAGUUGGAACCCCUGCUCCAAUAAAACUUAGACGAGAUGGACCUCUGUGUCUGAUGACAGAGCACAAGGAAGCUGUUUGGACCACCUACUCUGCAAUAACUAAGCCAGACACUUCUAUUUUGAAUAGACUUAUUGAUGCUGGGAUGUCACCGAGGGUUGAGGAGUCAAUGUCAGUUGUUAAUAAUGAGAUUCUGCGACGCCAUUUCUUGGAAUUAACUACAAAUUUCCUGGCACCUUUUGGUCCAUAUUUCCAGGUCAAUGCUCCUUCCGAUGGAACUUCCCCGUAUGUUACCCCUCCUUCGCUCCCAUCAUUCGGUGCAGAGGAAUUCCUUUCAAAUUUAUCUGGGAGAGGUGUAGGGAAGUUUUUGUCUAAACGCAUGAAAUCCAACUGGCCCGACUUGUAUAGGCGGUUUCUGCAAGGGCCAAAUUUUAUGCCUUGGUUCCAAAGAAGGCGUGCUGUUGCCGAGCAAGAACAACGUAGAUUAUGGAGGCUAGCUAGAAUGAAAACUGAUAUGAGACAGAUUACGUCUCAGAUGAAUGAAUUGGAAGCUGUGGAUUCCUUCAAUGCCAUUGAGAAACACAUAAAUGAGGAAGUCAAGGCGCGGGAAUCAGGAGGAGGAGGUGCCGAUUUGGAAGGAACGUUUCAGAAACUGAAGAAGGAUCUACAAGCAGUGUUCAGUGUGCUUCCAAGGGACAUGCAGCAACUUCUGCUUUUAAAUCCGCAAAGAGCAUCCCUUCUUCAAGAUCCAUCAGAUCUCCAAUGAACCCUCUUCUUCACUAGGGCUUCCAUGAGGAUUCUUCUGUUUCUCAUUCAUUCUUUUUGACUUAUUCCAAAAAAAAGAAAAUUUCUUCAUCUACCCUAAUUGUCUACUCAUUUUUUUCACUUUACAUGUAUCACGAAACAUGAGAAUCACGCAACACCGAAAUCACUGAUACACUGCUGUAAUUUUCCUGCUUCGUGGAUACAGCAGUGAAUGAAAUGUGUAUCGUUCUUUCAUCAGAAAAACAUGUAACUAUGAUUCA